UUCAAUGGAUUCCGAGUUACGCGUUUAUGAUGUACAGCAGUCAGCACCUCUAAAGGUCCUCUGCAUGGAAGACGCUAUAACCAGCAUGUGCUGGGUGCCCAAUAACCCUUGCCUGCUAGCCGUCGGACUAGCUAAUGUGGAAAAGACGCGUCAGCUGAUCAAAAUCUACAAUGUGUCAAGUGGGAAGGCCGUCAAUAUGGAAGGACUAAACGGUGGGAAUAGUGAAGGUGGAACUGUCACUUCGGUAGCUGUCAGCCAGAGCGGAGCGUGUCGCAUAGCAGCAGGAGACGCCGAUAGUACUCUUCGUAUUUGGGACGUGCCAUUGAGACGGCUUAAACUGACGUCAGAAGCUUUGGAGUUUUAAAUUACGUAUUUUUCUAGUUUCUUUACUUUGACCCUCAAUCCGUCGUAGGAUUUAAACUUUUGACUGGAAUAAUUUUGAUUUGCCAUGUCCGAUUAAUAUAUGAUAUAACAUUUAUAAAAUAAA